UCUGACGCCACCUAAACCUCAUAACAUCCUUCUAACAGUUCUCACUAACAAGUUACGUGAUCUCAUCUCCCGAACCGCACCUAAUUUAGAACAAACAGUUAUAACAUGUGAAAAAUCCAAAUCAUCAUCAAAAUGAGCUCCAUAGGCGUCGUUGUAUUCCGCAACUCGCCACUCAAAGCGCAGGUGCUCCAGGAAUCCGUGAAUAAUUCCGUGAACAUCACCAACAAUGAUGUGAACAAUGUUAGACGUGAAAUUAUUAUAGUGCGGAAAAAACAAAAGGUACAGUCGCCGCCGAAUUCGGUUUCAGUGUCCUCUUUAGUGCGUGUAGUAGAUCCUGCAAAUCCAAACACAUCGUCGAAGCGGCCGAGACCCCGGGAUAAUGUUCCAGAUGAAGCCACAAAAAGCCCCACACCUUUAGCAGUGGCGCGCCGAAAUGCGCGGGAAAGGAACAGAGUGCGCCAAGUCAACGACGGGUUUGCCGCUCUACGUCGACAUAUACCAGAAGAAGUAGCCGCAGCUUUCGAAAAUGCAAACUCCAAUAGAGGGCCAAAUAAGAAACUCAGUAAAGUCGAAACUCUGCGCAUGGCUGUGGAAUAUAUUCGAAAUCUUGAAUGUCUUCUCAAUAUUGGGCAUACUGAGAAAGAAAACUUAUCUCGCCCGUCGAUGGAAUCGUUUCCCUCGCCUGCAUCGUCAUCGCCAAGAGAAAAUAGUCAAGAACGUUACUAUUCACUUAAUUCACCCGGAAUCGACGACGAGGAUAUGGAUGAAGACGAAUUGGAUGGAACGCUACAUCAACUGCCGACGCAGCAAUACAUCGAUCUACAAUCAUCUGAAACAUUUUUAGUUUCUACUCCACACUUAUACGAGGAAGACGAAAUUGCUGGACAACCACUUACGCCCGCCUCAGAUCUAUUAGGACAUGAAGAAGUAAAUCCACAUAUUCUCGACGGCCACUUUCCCUUUCCCAGUUCAGCGGAACAGUUCACUGUUAUACCCGAACAAAGCUAUUGCAGUGAAACGGAUGUGCCUUUAAGUGAGGGUGAUUUCGAAGUGAAGUAUGCGGAAACUAUACAUCAACAGAUUCAAUCUAACUUUGAAGAAGAUUCGGAGUUGCCGCUAGACGCAAUAAACCCUGAUUUAAUUUUGUCACAUAAUCAAUACAAAUUCAAAGAAGGCUCGGACACUUAUCUUGACAACCAGCAAUACAGUGAUGUAGAGCUGAAGAAAGAACUUCCUGACAUCCAAGUGACUCCUGAGGACCGGGAGCAGUUCGAGGAAACCUUAAAAUGGUGGCAAGAAAAAACUAGACAAGCUCGUUCGCUGCCUAAAAAUAGCCAUUAAUUACUGUGUAUUAUUAGGUAAAUUACUUCUAAAUAUUUAUUGCCAUGUUUUAAAUUGUAAUUAUUCAAAUAAAACAUACAGCUGUCGUUGCCAAAGAGUGUACUCGGCGCGGGCGCAAGGU